AUGGCAGCAGAUUAUGUGCACCCUGCACAUAGGCACCCUUGGAGGGUAAGGUUUUAUCCAAAGAAUACCUUAUUUAGAAAGGCCGACCUGAUCGAUAAAGGUUGUACGGUGUUCCUAAAGGAGUGUCCAUCGACAUACAAAAUUCAUGUGAUCUGCGCUAGGCAUUACGAUGGACAUUAUAAAACAUUCAAUAACUAUUGCGAAAUGGAGUUUGAAAAUUGUAACAGUUGGAGACAAUGGAGUAUGAUUAAGCAAGUCAGAUGUUGA